AUGAAUCCUGGUGAAAGACACCAAGAAAAUUUUGACAAAAAGACACUUAGCCAGUUCGAGAUUGAAGAACGAGUCCAGGACUUGUUACCCAAAGAACUAGUAAACGACUACAAGAAGAACCGGUGUGUACCACAUAUACCUGAAGAACAGAGACUCAAGAACACUCCUGCACGAGAACAAAAGUGGUCCGAACUUGCAAAAAAACUUGCCGCAACAUUAACAGGAAAAAAUAAAGAACUAGAAGAGAUGGCCCCACAAACUGCCACCGUAACUGCUGAAGCAAUCGCAGCCGCUGUUGCAGAAGCAAUGAAAGCAAUCACAGCACAACAGGAGUCCCGUGCCGAACGAAUCAAGCAGCCUGAUUGUUUCCGAGGUGAACGCUCCGCCGCAGUAGUAGAUGGCUGGCUGCACGCAGUCGAGUGUUACACCAAUGGUCUCCAACUCGGAUACCAGAACAAUUAUGCGUCUGUACCACCUCCGCAACAAUACCAGCAGCAGUACCAGCCACAGUACCAACAACAGCAAUAUCAGUACAGUGGACCCGAGCCCAUGGACCUGGACGCAAUCAACAACCGUCACAGCAACUACCAGUCUCGCCCGCCUCCAAGACGCACUAAUGCUACUUGCCAUUGGUGUGGUGACUCCGGUCAUUUCAAGAGAAAUUGUAGAGACCGUCUGGCCGCAAUCAAGAAGUUGGACGAGGAGCGUCUUAAGAAGCAGGGUUUUUGCGAAGCACAACCGUAA